CUUUGAAUUCCUAGCUCCUGUGGUCUCCAGAUUUCAGCCAUAAGAUGAAAGCCUCCGGUCUUGCCUUCAGCCUUCUUUCUGCUGCAUUUUAUCUCCUCUGGACUCCUUCCACUGGACUGAAGACACUCCAUUUGGGAAAGUGUGUGAUCACCACAAACCUUCAGGAAAUACGAAAUGGAUUUUCUGAGAUACGGGGCAGUGUGCAAGCCAAAGAUGGAAACAUUGACGUCAGAAUCUUAAGGAGGACUGAGUCCUUACAAGACACAAAGCCUGCAGAUCGGUGCUGCCUCCUACGCCAUCUACUAAGACUCUAUCUGGACAGAGUAUUUAAAAACUACCAGACUCCUGACCAUCAUACUCUCCGGAAGAUCAGCAGCCUCGCCAAUUCCUUUCUUACCAUCAAGAAGGACCUCCGGCACUGUCAUGCCCACAUGACAUGCCAUUGUGGGGAGGGAGCAACGAAGAAAUACAGCCAGAUUCUGAGUCACUUUGAAGAGCUUGAGCCUCAAGCAGCAGUUGUGAAGGCUUUAGGAGAACUAGACAUUCUUCUGCAAUGGAUGGAGGAGACAGAAUAGGAGGAGGGUGACGCUGCUGCUAAGAGUACUCGAGGCCAAGAGCUCCAGUCCUCACUACCUGCAGAGGCAUGACCCCAAACCAACAUCUGUUUACCGUAUUAUUAGUGCUGGUCACAGUGUAUUUUAUUUAUUGAUUAUUUGUGUCCUUCUGUGAUUGUCUUUGUACUUUCCCAACCUUAAUUGAGACCAUACUUGUAUAAGAUUUUUGUAAUAUCUUUCUACUACUGGAUAUAUUUAUUAGUUAAUAUAUUUAUUUAUUUUUCUAUUUAAUGUAUUUAUUUUUGUACUGGACAUGAGACUUUAAAAAAAUUCACAGAUUAUAUUUAUAGCCUGACUAGAGCAGGUGAUGUAUUUUUAUACAGUAAAAAAAAACCUUGUAUAUUCUAGAAGAGUGGCUGGGGGGUUAUUCAUUUGUAUUCAAUUAAGGGCACAUUUACCCACUGCCAGUGAUGAGUUGUGGAAGAAGAAGUUUUGAUGUGGAAUUGCAUAUCUACCUUAC